CAAAAUUAUUCCAAGAACAUUGGCUCUAAAUACCAGAAUUCCAUAAUGUCAGGGCAUGGACAUAGUCAUAGUUGUGAAAAAGAGCACGAUCAUGGAUUGCCACCAGAAGAAAUGGCUGCCGCGUACAGUCUUUACACAAAAAUAGAUACCUUUAAUGUUGAGUGUUUGAAUGAAGCCGUUGAUGGCUCUGGUAAAACUGUCUUUAAACCAUGGGAUCAGAGACUGAGCAAAGAAAAGUAUGUUGAAAGUGAUGCUGAUGAAGAGUUGUUAUUUAAUAUUCCUUUUACUGGCAACGUGAAAUUAAAAGGAGUAAUCUUAAUAGCUGGGCCUGGAGAAAACCACCCUAAUAGAAUGAAAUUGUUUAAAAAUCGGCCUAAGAUGACAUUUGAUGAUUCAAGUGCAGAGGCUGAUCAAGAGUUUGAAUUACAUCCCGAUCCUGAAGGCGUUUUAGAAUACUCAACAAAAGUAGCUAGAUUUAAUAGUGUAGAACAUCUUUCAAUACAUUUUCCUAGUAAUUAUGGGGCAGAAACUACUUGUGUUUACUAUAUUGGUUUAAAAGGCGAUUUUACAGAGGCAAGAAGACAUGAGGUUACAAUUUGUACAUAUGAAGCUCGAGCUAACCCGAGUGAUCAUAAAACAAAUGCAUUGGACUCAGUCAAUAGUUUAAUUCAAUAAUAACAGGCCUUUAAAUGUGAUAGGUAAAAACAGUACACAUGGCGCUAAUUGUGAUAUCUUGUGCAUUUAUGGAAGCUUGUUAUCUUAUGAUGUUAUGUUUUGUUUUCUGUUUAUGUGUUCAGCAACUUAUGUUAUUUAAUUUCAUCUUGUUUUAUGUGACCAAGUAUGCAAGAGGAAUAAGGUUUGUUUAAAUAGUAUUCCUUGGUGAAAUAUUGAAAUUAAAAACACUUUGAACUGUGGCUUGCACUGACAAUGGAAACAAGAGUAAGUGGAUCUGAUAAAACUCUUUAUCAGUAGUCACAGGUUGCUAUCUUUGCAUACAGUGUGAAAACAUUGUAUAUUGUUACACUUGGUUUAUUAACAUCUAUUGCUAAACACAAAUAACUUUCAAUUAUGUUCAAUAAAUUUAUGAAAAAAACAGAAACAAAUUUAUCAUGCUUUAAUAAAAACUAAAUUGGUAACUCUGAUUCUACUAUAUCUUGCAUCAUCUUAUACUGACUAAUCAAUUUAGAAUAGUCAAACUUGUCUGGCUGAUGAUUAAAUAAUUUAACAUAUUGAAAGUUUUCAGGAGUUCUGUUUCCAUAAUAUUGACUCAUUUGACGAACCAGAUUCAAAGCCUCUUGUUUUGUCUGAAAUGAAAAAUAUGCCGAUUUUGUUUAAUAUGAACUCAAAAAUCAAUAAAUUCUUUAAUGU